AUGAAGUUCUCUACGCUUACCCUUGCUACAAUCUUGCAGGGAUGCAUUGACGCGCGAAUACAUGGUCGACGGGGUUCGAGUACAAUCAAUUCCGAGUUCAAUGUAUUGGAUUAUGUUGAUCCACUGAUUGGGACGGCAAAUGGAGGUCAUGUUUUUGCUGGUGCUUCGUUGCCUUUUGGUAUGGCAAAGGCAGUCGCAGACUCUUCGGUGGACAACCAAGGAGGAUUUGCCUCAGAUAGUCCAAGUAUAAGUGGAUUCUCGCACAUGCAUGACUCUGGAACUGGCGGUGGCGCAUCACUUGGAAAUUUCCCCAUCUUUCCCAAUCCUGGAUGCCCUGAUGACGACCUCAACCGAUGUGUAUACCGCUACCAAAACCGGUCAGUAGGUUUUAGCAACGCGACCUUGAUCGCACAGGCAGGUUAUUUUAGCAUUGAUCUCGACAGCGGAAUUAAAGGCGAGAUUACCGUCACUAACCAUACAGCUUUGUAUCGAUUCACCUUCCCACCCUAUACAUCAGUUGCGCCCAUGAUAUUUGCCGACUUGAUUGACCUGCCACAGUCUAGAAGCAAUGGGAGUGCUUCUGUCAAUGAUACUACUGGUCGUAUCUUCGGUUCAGGGACGUUCAACCCCAGUUUUGGAAUCGGUAGUUAUGAUCUUCAUUUUUGUGCUGAUUUCUCGGGAGCGGAGAUCUUUGACACGGGCGUUUUCGUGAAUGAUCGUGCCGGGAAUGAACCAAAAACUGUAUUAACCACUUCUGAUGGUGUCAAUAAUGAUCAGUCCUAUUCAGCCGGCGCUUUCACUCGUUUCAAGACCGGUACUACAUCUGUCAUAGCAAGAGUUGGCAUGAGUUUUAUCAGCGUCGAUCAGGCAUGCUCAAAUGGUAAAAAGGAAAUUCCGAACUUUGACUUUGAUGGGACAAAACAGUCAGCACAAGAUAUAUGGAAGGAAAAAUUAAGUGUGAUUAGCAUUGAUGCCACUGGUGUCUCGACGGAUUUGCAGACUGUUUUCUGGAGUGGUGCUUACAGAGCUCUGCUGAGUCCUCAGGAUUAUACCGGAGAAAAUCCUUUAUGGGAGAGUACGGAGCCCUAUUAUGAUAGUUACUACUGUAUUUGGGACUCAUACCGAGCCAUCCACCAACUGAUCACACUUGUCGACCCCCUCUCACAAUCUCGCAUGAUCCGAAGUCUGAUCGACACAUAUAGACACGAAGGAUAUCUGCCAGAUUGCCGCAUGUCUCUAUGCAAAGGAUUUACACAGGGAGGAUCAAAUGCCGACGUGUUGAUAGCCGAAGCAUAUCUCAAAAACGUCACCGACAUUGACUGGGAUACUGCAUACGAAGCUGUUAUCAAAGAUGCCGAAGUAGAGCCUCCGAACUGGGCCAUUGAAGGUCGAGGCGGGUUGAAGAGUUGGAAGAAUCUUGGUUAUAUUCCAACAGACGAUUUUGAUCCAUAUGGACAGGGGCCUUUGACCAGAAGUAUUUCGCGGACAGUUGAGUAUGCGUAUGACGAUUACUGUAUUGCGCUGCUUGCCAAAGCUCUGGGUAAAUCCGAUGAUUAUGAGAAAUACAUCAAACGCGGAACGAAUUGGUAUAACAUGUUUGAUGCCAAUACCACCUCGCUUGGAUAUACAGGAUUUUUGCAAAUAAGGUACUCGAAUGGAACACGGGGAUAUCAAGAUCCGCAAUUCUGUACACCACUCAUGAACUUCACAAGCUGCUAUCUGAAUCCUGACGGCCACGAAACGUACGAAGGCAGUACGUGGCUUUACACCUUUUACGUCCCUCAAGAUAUGGCCUCAUUGAUCACAGCACUGGGUGGACGAGAUGCAUUCAUUGAACGACUAACCUAUUUCCAUAACUCCGGCCUACUCUACGUUGGCGACGAACAGGCCUUCCUGACGGUUAACCAAUUCCAUUACGGUGGAAGACCGGGUCUAUCAACGAAACAGACCCACGCAUAUAUCCCCUCUCAAUUCAAUACGAGCAUAAACGGUAUCCCGGGGAAUGACGAUAGUGGUUCAAUGGGCUCUUUCUCAACUCUGAGUAUGAUGGGUCUUUGGCCUGUCCAUGGACAGGAUGUGUAUCUCAUUAACGCGCCGUUUUUCAGGGAGGUCAAUAUUACGCAUGGGAUUACCGGAAAAGUUGCUACGAUACGGAAUGUUGACUUUGAUCCGAGCUACACCAACAUAUAUAUUCAGAAUGUGACGAGAGACGGGAAAGAAUGGACGAAGAAUUGGAUUCAGCAUGACUUUUUUGAGAAUGGGGGUGUGCUGGAGAUUAUGACGGGGGAGAGUGAGAGUGAUUGGGGGACGAAAGCUGAGGAUCUACCUCCUAGUAUGGCAUCGUAUAACUUUUAG